AUGAGCAUGAGUGGCCAUCAUACGAAUCGAAAGAUCAAGCGGUUGGAUGAGUCUGUGAUCAACAGGAUCGCGGCUGGCGAGAUCAUCAUCCAACCGGCAAAUGCGCUCAAGGAAAUGUUGGAGAAUUCGAUUGACGCAAAGGCAACCAACAUUGAAAUUGUGGUCAAGGAAGGUGGCCUCAAGCUACUACAAAUCACCGAUAACGGUCAAGGGAUCGGUAAGGACGACUUGCCCUUGUUGUGCGAGCGGUUUGCCACGUCCAAAUUGACCAAGUUUGAAGACUUGGAGCUGCUUGCAACGUAUGGGUUCCGAGGCGAAGCAUUGAGCAGUAUUUCGCACAUUUCACGGCUCUCGGUGGUGACCAAGACCAAGGAGUCCAAGUUGGCGUACAAGGCGCAUUACAUGAAUGGGAAGCUUUCAAACCCGAGUUUUAAACUGACGACUGAAAACAUUGAGCCAAAGCCUAUCGCCGGUCGAGAUGGCACUCAGAUUAUUGUCGAGGACUUGUUCUACAACCUUCCCUCGAGAUUCAAGGGGCUCAAAUCGAAAAGCGACGAGUUUGCCAGAAUCUUGGACAUUGUUGGCCGGUAUGCUGUUCACACUGGCCAUGUGGGGUUCAGCUGCAAGAAAUAUGGCGAUCCGCUUCACCAGUUGAACACGCGGCCAAAUGCUCCGUUGAAGGAGCGGAUACGAAUGGUUUUUGGAUCGAGCGUCGCCAACGAGUUGUUGCAUUUGGACUUUGUGCCCACGGAAGACGAAGAUGGCGGCCAUAUGGGCCACAAGGCGGCAGAUUUGGGGCUCGCUCGAGUCAGCGGCGCCAUAACCAAUGCCAACUUUAACUACAAGAAGAAACUACAGCCGGUUAUUUUCAUCAACCACCGACUAGUCUCGUGUGACCCCUUGCGGCGAGCCGUCAAUGCGGUUUUCCAGUUUUUCCUACCCAAGGGCAGCCACCCGUUUUUCUAUUUGAGCUUGGAGAUUGUGCCGCAGCACUUGGAUGUCAACAUUCAUCCGACUAAACGAGAGGUGCGAUUUCUAUACGAAGAGGAGAUCAUUGAUUUGAUCGUGUCCAGGAUCCACAAGUUGUUGUCGAGUGUUGACACCUCGAGAAAGUUUAAAACGCAAACCAUUGUUACGAAAAGAAUGAAUGAGUUGGAGGAAGAGAGGCUAUUGUUUGGGGACGAUAGCGCACAGGCAAGCCAGACACCGUCUUUGAAAAAGUACAGACAAGAGAAUAAGAUGGUGAGGGUGGAUGCAUCGCAGUCAAAGAUUAGUCCGUUCUUGCUGAAAGGUGUAGUUGACCCAGAAUCGAUCAAAAGGGAGUUUAUCUUUGACGACUCAACCGCGAGCGUGGCUGAUGACGAGAAUGCAGGGUCUUUUGUGCAAGAACAACAAGAGGAGGAGGACGAUGAUUCUGUGGUUGCGACCCUGCAGCGAACUCAAGUGGUUGUCAACUUGGCUUCCAUAACGAGUUUGAAAGAAGAGUUGAAGCAAUUUGUCGACAAGUCUUUGACCAACGUGUUCAACCAUGCAGUCUUUGUCGGGAUCGUUGAUCCGUUGAAACGAAUUUGCUGUUUCCAGUACGAUGUCAAGUUGUUUCUUUGCGACUAUGCAGCUGUGCUACUCGAGUUUUAUUACCAGGUGAGCUUGCACGAGUUUUGCAACUACGGCGAGAUUGAGUUUGACGAGCCGAUUCCCUUGCGAGAAUUGCUUGAGCCAAUAUACAAGCUCGACAAUGGCGAUGUCGCGCUAGUUGGCGCUGCCGAAGUGAUUGCAAACAUUGUGGCGAUGAAGGAAAUGUUUCAGGAGUAUUUCCAAAUCUCGAUUGAUCAAGAUGACAAUUUAUGCACCAUCCCCAUGCUCAUGACCAAGAUCCAGCCAGAUUUUAGAAAACUACCCUUUUUCAUCUACAGAUUAGGCACCAAGAUCAAUUACCAAGAUGAAAAACAGUGCCUACAGGGGAUUUUAAGACAGAUUGCGUUGCUCUACCUCCCUGAGCCGUUUGACGAUACUCAAGAUGACGGAGCCAGCAAACGAGGGCACAUAGAGAACCAACUCGAAAACGUGUUAUUCCCGGAAUUGAGGAGCCAGUUUUUGGCAACCAGGAAUCUUACCCGUGACGUGGUACAAAUAGCGGACUUGCCUGGGCUCUACAAAGUGUUUGAACGGUGCUAG